AACCUAAACAAUCCGGGCCGGGAAAGUCACAUUUCUUUACCAAGCAAUCUAUUGUUUAAGGGAAACUCACCUAUUUAAGGAGGUUCAUGCACAGGCAUUCAGCACCAAGAAAGACUCAAAGGGCUUGAGUUGAAAGAAGCAGAUCUAAAACGCUACGAUAGCCAUGGAGACUUUCUUGUUCACAUCGGAGUCAGUAAACGAGGGGCACCCAGACAAGCUGUGCGAUCAAGUUUCUGAUGCAGUUUUAGAUGCCUGUCUGGAGCAGGACCCUGACAGCAAAGUGGCCUGCGAGACCUGCACCAAGACCAACAUGGUCAUGGUCUUUGGGGAAAUCACCACCAAGGCUAAUGUCGAUUAUGAGCAGAUCGUCCGCAAGACCUGCAGAGAAAUUGGAUUCAUCUCUGACGAUGUGGGUCUGGAUGCAGACAAGUGCAGAGUGCUUGUGAACAUUGAACAGCAGAGCCCUGACAUUGCCCAGGGUGUUCAUGGCCAUCUGACCAAGCGCCCUGAAGACAUUGGAGCAGGGGAUCAGGGUCACAUGUUCGGGUAUGCCACGGAUGAAACCCCUGAACUCAUGCCUCUUACCCAUGUCUUGGCCACCAAGCUGGGCGCCAAGCUUACAGAUGUCAGAAAGAAUGGUACCUGUCCAUGGCUGAGACCUGAUGGGAAAACCCAGGUCACAAUUGAGUACAAAAAUGAGAAGGGCGCCAUGGUUCCCCUGAGGGUCCACACUGUUCUCAUCUCUACCCAGCAUGAUGAGACUGUCACCAAUGACCAGAUUGCUGCAGAUCUGAAGGAGCAUGUGAUCAAGCCUGUGAUCCCUGCAAAGUACAUGGAUGAGAACACCAUAUUCCAUUUGAAUCCAUCUGGGCGUUUUGUGAUUGGAGGACCCCAUGGAGAUGCAGGGCUGACUGGAAGGAAGAUCAUUAUUGACACAUAUGGGGGAUGGGGAGCUCAUGGAGGAGGAGCUUUCAGUGGAAAGGAUCCCACCAAGGUGGAUCGCAGUGGCGCUUACAUUGUUAGGCAGGCUGCCAAGAGUAUUGUUGCAGCUGGGCUUGCCAGGAGGUGUAUUGUGCAGGUGUCCUAUGCCAUUGGUGUGCCUGAGCCUCUCUCCGUGUUUGUGGACUCCUAUGGUACUGGUAAGAUUCCUGACAAGGAAAUCCUCAAUAUCAUCAAGACCAGUUUUGAUUUUAGGCCUGGUAUGAUCUCAAUCAAUCUGGAUUUGAAGAGGGGUGGAAAUGGAAGGUUCCAAAAGACUGCUGCUUAUGGUCACUUCGGCAGAGAUGACCCUGAUUUCACAUGGGAAAUUGUUAAGCCUCUCAAGACUUCAGCAUGAACAGAUUGAGAUCUGAAUAAGCUGUUGAUGCAUAGCGAUUCAAAUUUGAAAAAACAGAGGAGGCCAGUAAGUGAAGAAGUUUGAGUAGAGGUUUUUCUUUUGAAUGCGUGUGCAAAAUUAGGAGGCACGCCCAUGUAUCCAACAAUACUUAUGUUGUCUUUAAUUGUGGUCUUUUUAGAGAUCGUGGUUACCUAAAGGUGUCCAUAGACACAAAUGUUUAUGAUUUAUUUGAAGUUUUAAAAACAUUGUUAUAUGGUAUUAUAAAUCAAUAUUAUUCAUGUUUUGUUUUA